AUGCAUUUUCCUCAAUUCUCCGCAAUUGCCUUGAUGGCAGCUAGUCUUGUAGCAGGUGUUCCAACACAAGCACCCAGUGCUGCAGAUGCAAAGACUCAUACCGUUGUAGUCGGUUCCAGCAACACUUCUCUUCUACUAUUCACCCCACAAGAAAUCACCGCAAAGCCUGGCGACACGGUGGAAUUUCAAUUCCACGAAAGAAACCACACCGUCACACAAUCCGCAUUCGAUUCACCGUGUCAGCCAAUGGCCAAUGCAAUUCACAGUGGCUUCGUUCCCACGGCGGCCAAUCAAAGCAUGAUCACGACUUUCACUAUGACUGUCAAUAGUACAGCUCCCAUGUUCAUGUAUUGUGCGCAAGGAAAGCAUUGUCAAGCAGGAAUGGUAUUGACAAUCAAUGCAUCGAAUGGAACCCAAAAUUUCGGGACGUACAAAGCGGCAGCAGCCAAAGCAACUAGUAAUGUCCCAGCAGCGGCAGUGGGCGGCGGUGUCUUAGGACAAAUUGCGGCCGAUAAAGCUACCACAGUUCCACUGCGACGGAUUUGA